UUCACAUGCACAGUACCAUUUCCUUUUCUCUGUUCCCCAUGCAAUCCUCAUACCACAAAACAAAAUAAAUAUACAUAAACUUAUAUUAUACUGACACCAUUACCUUUCCUUCUUCUCUCCAAGUUCCAAUGGAGAUUUUCAAAUUCUUCUACUUCAUUAAUCUCCUUACUACUUUCAUCUUAUCAUCAUCUUUAGCAAUUGAUCCAUAUUCACAAGCACUCCUCAGUCUAAAAUCUGAGUUCAUAGAUGAUAAUAAUAGCUUGCAUGGCUGGGUUCUGCCCUCUGGAGCAUGUUCUUGGUCUGGCAUCAAGUGUGACAAUGACUCAAUUGUAACUUCCAUAGACCUUUCCAUGAAGAAACUAGGUGGUGUACUAUCAGGUAACCAAUUCAGUGUGUUCACAAAGGUUAUUGAUUUCAAUAUAAGCUAUAAUUUCUUCUCAGGGAAACUUCCACCAGAAAUUUUCAACUUCACAAGCUUGAAAAGCUUAGAUAUAAGCAGAAACAAUUUUUCAGGUCAAUUCCCAAAAGGAAUUCCAAAACUAAAAAAUUUGGUUGUACUUGAUGCCUUUAGCAACAGCUUUUCUGGUCAAUUACCUGCUGAAUUUUCAGAAUUGGAAAAUCUUAAGAUUCUCAACCUAGCUGGAAGUUACUUCAGAGGAACCAUUCCAUCUGAAUAUGGUUCUUUCAAAAGCCUGAAGUUUCUUCAUCUAGCUGGAAAUUCUCUAUCCGGAAAUAUACCACCAGAACUUGGUAACCUUGUAACAGUGACUCACAUGGAGAUUGGCUACAAUAUUUAUCAGGGUUUUAUUCCACCUCAACUAGGUAACAUGAGCCAGCUUCAGUAUCUUGACAUAGCAGGAGCUAAUCUAUCUGGUUCUAUACCAAAGGAACUUUCCAAUCUCACAAAUUUGCAAUCAAUUUUUCUAUUCAGAAACCAGCUCACAGGAUCAAUACCAAGUGAGUUCAGAAAAAUUAAACCUCUCACAGAUUUAGAUCUCUCUGUUAAUUUCCUUUCAGGGUCAAUUCCUGAAAGCUUUUCAGACCUGAAGAAUCUUAGACUUCUUAGUCUCAUGUACAAUGACAUGAGUGGAACUGUUCCUGAAGGCAUUGCAGAACUACCAUCCUUGGAAACUCUUCUCAUUUGGAACAAUCGCUUCUCUGGACUCCUCCCAAGGAGUUUAGGCAAAAACUCGAAACUUAAAUGGGUAGAUGUCUCCACAAACAACUUCAAUGGCAGCAUACCGCCGGAUAUUUGUCUUAGUGGAGUACUAUUUAAGCUUAUCCUGUUUUCAAACAAAUUCACAGGUAGUCUUUUUUCGAUUGCAAAUUGUUCUUCCCUUGUCCGUCUUCGCUUAGAAGAUAAUUCAUUCUCAGGAGAGAUUUAUUUAAACUUCAACCAUCUUCCUGAUAUCACAUAUGUUGAUUUGUCAUGGAACAAUUUUGUUGGUGGUAUUCCCUUAGAUAUUUCUCAAGCUACUCAAUUGGAGUAUUUCAAUGUGUCUUGUAAUAUGCAAUUAGGAGGAAAAAUCCCUUCACAAAUUUGGUCUUUGCCGCAACUUCAAAAUUUCUCAGCAUCUUCUUGUGGUCUUUUAGGCAAUCUUCCUUCAUUUGAGUCCUGCAAAUCAAUUUCAACAGUUGAUCUUGGUAGAAACAACUUGUCUGGAACAAUCCCAAAAAGUGUUUCGAAAUGUCAAGCUCUUGUGACAAUCGAAUUAUCUGACAAUAAUUUGACAGGCCAAAUACCUGAGGAGCUUGCAAGUAUCCCUAUUCUUGAAAUUGUAGAUUUAUCUAACAAUAAGUUCAAUGGCUUCAUCCCUGAAAAGUUUGGUAGUUCAUCAAGUUUACAACUUCUCAACGUGUCUUUCAACAAUAUCUCGGGUUCAAUACCAAAAGGAAAGUCAUUCAAGUUAAUGGAUAGCAGUGCAUUUGUUGGAAAUUCAGAGCUAUGUGGAGCACCAUUAAGAUCGUGUUUUAAGUCAGUAGGAAUAUUAGGCAGCAAAAACACUUGGAAGCUUACACAUAUUGUUUUACUCUCUGUAGGGUUGCUAAUAAUCCUUCUGGUAUUGGGUUUUGGAAUACUUCAUCUCAGAAAGGGAUUUAAGAGUCAAUGGAAAAUAGUUUCGUUUGUUGGACUUCCACAAUUUACACCAAAUGAUGUCUUGACAAGCUUCAGUGUUGUUGCUACUGAACAUACUCAAGUUCCAUCACCAUCAUCUGCAGUUACAAAAGCAGUUCUUCCUACAGGUAUAACAGUAUUAGUCAAGAAGAUUGAAUGGGAAACAGGGAGCAUUAAGUUGGUGUCGGAAUUUAUAACGAGGCUAGGAAAUGCAAGGCACAAGAAUUUAAUCAGAUUGUUGGGUUUUUGCCACAAUCAGAAACUAGUUUACCUUUUGCAUGAUUACUUGCCAAAUGGAAAUUUGGCUGAGAAAAUUGGAAUGAAAUGGGAUUGGUCAGCUAAAUUCAGAACAGUAGUUGGAAUUGCAAGGGGACUUUGCUUCCUUCACCAUGAAUGUUACCCAGCUAUACCACAUGGAGACUUGAAGUCCACCUACAUUGUAUUUGAUGAAAAUAUGGAACCCCAUUUGGCUGAAUUUGGAUUCAAACAUGUCAUACAGUUGAGUAAAGACUCGUCUCCAACUACAAUUAAGCAGGAAACAGAAUACAAUGAAGCAAUUAAAGAGGAACUAAGGAAUGAUGUCUACAAUUUUGGGAAGAUGAUUCUAGAAAUUUUAACUGGCAAAAGGUUGACAAGUGCAGCAGCUAGCAUUGACAACAAAUCACAGGAGAUUCUACUAAGAGAAGUUUGCAAUGGUAAUGAAGUGGCUUCUGCAAGUACAAUCCAAGAGAUUAAAAUGGUUCUUGAAGUUUCUAUGAUUUGCACUAAAAGCAGAUCAUCGGAUCGCCCAUCCAUGGAAGAUGCUCUGAAGCUUUUAUCAGGGUUAAAGCGUUCCGAAGAUGACAAAACUUCUAAAUAAGGGAAAUAAAAGAAAUUCCCAUUUUCAUCAAAGUGUUGAAAGCCAUUAAAAACCUAUAAUUUGCCUGGCUAACAAGUUUGCAUAUGUGUAAUUACAUGAGUUUGUAGCUUGUAUAAUACAUAUUUACAUUGUUUCAGUGUGCCA